AUGUCGCAAUACCCCUCCACUGCACCCGGCCAAACGACCUUCAAGCUCAACACCGGAGCUGAAAUCCCGGUUGUCGGUCUCGGUACGUGGCAAUCUCCGGCGGAUGAGGUCACCAAGGCGGUCGAGAGCGCCAUCAAGUCCGGCUACCGUCACAUUGACGCAGCCUGGAUCUACGGUCAAGAAGCUGCCGUUGGAAAGGGGAUCAAGGCCUCUGGUGUCCCACGAUCCGAGCUCUUCAUCACCACCAAGAUUUGGUGCACCUACCACAGGCAGCCCGAGGCUUGUCUCGACGAGUCUCUCAAGAACCUCGGACUGGACUAUGUCGACUUGCUCCUCAUUCACUGGCCUGUUCCACUCGAGAAGCGAGGCGAUGAGAAGAUCCCUCUCAACGAGGAUGGCUCGCGUGCCAUCGACCGCGAUUGGAGCCCUGAGCAGACCUGGGAGCUCAUGGAGAAGAUUCCUGCCACCGGCAAGGCUAAGGCGAUCGGUGUCUCCAACUGGAGCGUGCCUUACCUCGAGAAGCUCUUGAGCAAAGCAAAGAUUGUUCCCGCAACCAACCAGGUCGAGUUGCACCCCUUCUUGCCCCAGCACGAAUUGGUCAAGUUCUGCCAGUCUAAGGGCAUUGUCAUGCAGGCCUACUCGCCUCUCGGUUCCUCGGGUGGACCCGUUCUCCAGGACUCGCUCGUCCAAUCGAUCGCCAAAGCGCACAACGCCGACCCUGCUCAGGUGGUCAUCUCGUGGGCAGCUCAAAGAGGUGUCGUUGCUCUGCCAAAGAGUGUCACGCCCAGCCGAAUCGAGACCAACAGGAAGCUCAUUGAGCUCUCGGACGACGAGAUGCUCCAGCUCAACGAGCUGCACAAGCAGGAUGGUAAGGCUGUCCGCCUUGUCAAGCCCAACUGGGGCGUCGACCUCGGAUGGUGA